CAGCAGCCACUGAAGAGCGUAAUGCGAACAACGGACUGUACCACGUACAGCGACACACAUGAAGCACCGUCGCGAAUUAGCUUGACGAAGAGCGGUCAUCGUGCGGUCUCGGUCGAACAAAUACAGAUACUAGUAGUGUUCAUCGCCACUGCAGUCAUGGCAACGCUUGUGGUCGGCAGCCUCGUCAUUGCGUCCAGAAGAGCACCUGCUCGUGCCACCUUCAACGACUGCAACUCGAACGACUGCAGAUUUCAUGCUAAGUUGCUCGGCAGAUCGCGGGAAAGCGGUGUGCCGUUAUGUGCCAAUUUCUACAGUCACGUUUGCGGCAACUGGUAUCCAACGAGAUACGUGGGAAGAGGUGCGUUGGACGAUCCCUACUCUCACGAUGCCGAGCUAAGUUUCAUUAAUCUCGAAACCUCAAAAGCAAAGCAGACACUUCCAGGGAGUAUGUUCCAAAAGUGCUUCCACGAAACGCCCCUUGACAGGGAGGCGUUGCCUCUGCUACGGUCGCUAAUGGUGGAGCUGGGCCUUUUUACUUACAACGCCUCGACAAUAAGAGAUCCGUUGGACAUUCUCCUAGAAAUGGUGCUGAAAAGAGGAAUGACCUUCUGGUAUGAUAUUCGCCUUUUGAAGCCAAAAGACACGCCGCGAGUCAUAUUAUUCCAUCAUCACAGGCUCGUUGAAGACUGGCAUCAACGAAUGGAAUUAUGCAAUGAUGAACAACACUUUAUAAAGGUCGUACAACAAUACCUGAGCAUUAUCGGUCCCUUUCUGAACGUCUCUGUCACAGGGCUUCUGGAGGACGCGAAAGUUAUUCUUCGAUCUCUUCUUAACAUUACCUGGGCAGAACCUUUUGAGGGCAUAAGUUCACUUGACCUUAUUCAACGCUGGACCCCACAUAUUCCUGGUCACUUGUGGUUACAUCUACUCAACGCGCACUACGCUCCUUACCAUGUUGUCCGUACCACCUCUACCGUGCUAGCUGAAGAUGUCAGACUUCUUCGUGUAUUGGACAAUCUCUUGCACACGAUUCCAUCACACAGAAUAGUUUCCGUGUUAGCGUGGCAUUUUGUACAAGAGCAUGGUUGGAUGGCUGCCCCCGAAGUUGAGCAGCUCCGUUUCGGCACCGACAGAAAUCGCGAGUGGCGCAAGAAGAUGGCAUGCCUGAAGUACACCAGGCAGGUCUACGGUUUGUUUACUGAUGUCAACAGAGAUCGUUUCGUAUACAAGCCGAAUGAAAGGCGUAAGAUCGACUACAUUCUACGUUCGCUUAACCGGAAGAUGGUUGAAAUGGUCGAUGGCUUUCGCUGGAUCGAUGACUCGUCCAAGGAGGCCAUCAGCGCGAAGCUAGCAGACAUGAAGGUGGAGUUAUGGCCAGCAGAUAUAUUUUUCAACUACACGUCACUGCAGCAUCUGUACAGCAACUUCCCUAUGACCAGCGACUCCUUCUUGGAGAGCUUUCUCAACGCCACCGAGAUUCGCAGAUCACUCGUCAAUCACGUGCACGCUGAUGACGUGUACAACCGAGAUAUCACGAGUCCCUUUGGGUUGUUUGGAUACAGUCAUUACCUGAACACAGUUAUGGUCUCCAUAUCAGCUUUAAACUAUCCACUUUACUAUCCUCAUGGCACGGCGGCAAUGAACUACGGUGGACUUGGAUUUCAAUACGCGAAAGAAAUUGUAAAGGUGCUCGAUCACGUCGUCUGGUGGUCGAAGUCGGCGGCCAGCAAUUAUAAGAUACGGACGUCCUGUACUGUGCGUGGGAUAGACGGGACGCGCGUCCGCAACAGAUUCCUGCUGCUUCUUGCUCUGGAUAUCGCUUUCUGGACGUUCGGUGCAGAGAUUGAAGACGCGUAUAUAACUAGCGCUGACUCGAGACAGUAUGGCACACAAGAGACAUUCUUCAUGACGUAUUGCUAUUCCAUGUGUAGCAGUUCCAGGCGCGAGAUGGACGAGUGCAAUUACCCUCUGAUGAAUUCCUACCAAUUUCAAAGGGCUUUUACGUGCCCAGACAAUACAUACAUGAAUCCAGAACAGAAAUGCGAAGUAUUCUGAACAUCGCUCUCCUGGCCCCUCUGGCAUUAAGUGUUAUUAAAACGUGUUUGUUCCA